AUGGCUGUAGGUGAAACAGCGGCAUUCCCCUCAUUACGGAGACGUUUAUCUAGACAGGAGUCGACCACGAGACGAUUUCCAGACCGCCAUGGCUUCAACCCUUCUCAACUCCUAGACCCUUUCUCUUUCCUCAUCUUUCCCUUCCUGUUCCCAACACUCUUAAAUAGCGAUAGAGCACGUACAUGGUUAAGCAUGCUAUGCUUGAUCUUAUUUCUCUCAACUCUGUACUUCGUGGUAUCACCGUUUGCGCAAUUACAAGAUUGGCACGAGCGAACAGUCCUCAAUAACACUCUCGAGAGCUGGAUUGAAGUCGAAGAAGAGGUAGCUUUGCAUAGGCUCCUUGCCAAUAUAUCCCCAGGGGGACGCAAUGUCCCAGAUGCAGCCAGAGGCAGCGUGAUUGCGAGUCCCAGUCGGGUACACCCGCCCUAUUACUUUCAAUGGGUGCGAGACGCAGCAAUCACCACAGCAACUCUGCUUGACAUCUACCUCGACGACCCACCAUCACCUCUCUCGUCCAACAUAUCAGCCAUCUUGGACGACUACGCGACUCUCCAGCUUCAACUGCAGCGCACCGCGAACCGCUCCGGUACCUUCGCCGACCUCUCUGGCCUGGGGGAGCCCAAAUUCCACGCCAACGGCAGCCCCUUCAACGACGACUGGGGCCGGCCCCAACGCGAUGGUCCCGCUCUGCGCGCAAUCACAAUGAUGAAGUACAUUCGCGCAUAUAAUGCCUCUUAUCCCUCCCUCUGGACCAUCGCCAAUGGGCGCACGUGGUUCGACCGUUUCUAUUCCCCGUCCUUGCCACCGAACAGCAUCAUCAAGGCGGAUCUCGAGUACGUGGCGAGGUACUGGGAUGCGAGUGGUUUCGAUCUCUGGGAGGAAGCGCAAGGGCGGCAUUUCUUCACGGCAAUGGUGCAGCUCAAGGCGUUGCGGGAGGGCGCUGGGCUCGCACGAGCGUUUGGAGAUGAAGGCGCGGCGGCGUGGUAUCUGGCGCAGGCGCAACCUCUAGAGGGUCUCGUGAGGAGCUUCUGGGAUGGGAAUAAGGGAUAUCUGGUAGCUACGCUCGCGUCUCAGCGUAGCGGACUGGAUUGUGCGAUUCUACUCGGCUCUCUGCACGGCUAUCCAUCGAGCGGGUUUGCGAGCCAGCCCAUCUACCCGCCUUACUCGGACGAGGUUCUCGCGUCGCUGCUUGCGUUUACAAAAGACCAGGCAUUUCGAUUCCCCAUCAACAGCGCAGAACCGUCCGAGGAUUCACGAUCGAUGAGGGGCGUUGGUCUGGGUCGCUAUCCCGAAGACGUAUACGAUGGCUAUGGCAUCGAUCCUCAAGGCGGACAUCCCUGGUUCCUGUGUACGUCUUCGCCGGCGCAGGUCCUGUACCGAACGGCGUCGUAUCUCGCAUCCCAACCAAACUUUACGAUCACGUCCCUUGGAUUACCGUUUUAUACCGCACUUCUAGGUCCCUCCUCUCCCGUCACACUCCAGCCAGAUGUUCCUUACCAGUCCACCGGCCUGGAGUUCCGGAGUAUACUGCAGCGGCUACGCAGCACGGGCGACGAGUUCCUCGAGGUGGUGCGGAGGCAUGCGAGCCGCGAGGGCAGUAUGAGCGAGGAGUUUGAUCGGGUGACGGGGUUUGAAAGGGGCGCGAGGGACCUGACGUGGAGUUAUGGGGCGUUUUUGGAUGCUGCGAGGGCUAGGAGGGAGAUGCUGCUGGCAUGA